UUUGAAUGUAAAGUUUUAUGCUGACAAUAUGAAUGUAUCUGCAAUUAUCGAACCGGUUAGGUUAGGGGUUGCGUUACACAAAAAUUUGGCGAAUCAAUGUGUAGCCUGGGCAUGCUGGGCCUACGCCGUAAUGCGAAGUUCACAUGGUCAUUCGUUCACAUUCACGAUGUUGUUUGAACUGCGAGACGUGACUAACGUGAGCAGGUGAAGUCUCACAGGCUGAUAGUAUGCACUGACUGUUGUUGAAAUACAGUAAAUUCAAGUCGAGACGUGAGACAGAAUUACAAAAUGGUGCGUAUUGGCUUGCAGAUCAAAGCCCAGAUUGAGAAUCUGACAAACCUCUGCCCAGAUGGGGAAGAUUUCCGUUGGUACUUGAAGAUCAAGUGUUCCAACUGUGGAUCAGUCACCGAAUCAUGGCAGUACGUCACUCUCACUGAAAGUACUCCAACCAAAGGAGGACGUGGGUCAGCCAGCAUGGUGUCAAAGUGCAAGAUGUGCAGUCGAGAAAACCACCUGGAUAUACUCAAAGAUUCCUACAGAGCUUACAAUGCAGAGGACAGUGGUUCAUUCAAGACUAUAGUAGGGUUUGAAUGCCGGGGAAUGGAACCAGUCGAGUUUUCACCCAGGGUUGGUUUUGUGGCCAAAGGAGCUGAAACCACAACACAAUUUGAAGUUGACUUAACAGAAGAAGAAUGGGCAGAUUAUGACGAAAAAGUCAACCUACCUGUGAGCAUUGAGGAAUUUGAAAGCCGCUUUGUCACAAUCAAAUGAGCAUCCCAAAGACAGAAACAGCAGCUGACAAACAGGGAGAGGAUGACGGAGAGAAAUGGAGUGAUAAUAAUUAGAGUCUCUGAUUUUCCUGAUAUAAAUUUACUUUGUGAACCAAAUCUGCAUUCGGUUGUGUGGACAGACUUGGAUUAGAACACACCAAAAGCUCUGACAACAGUCGUCAGCGGGCUUCAAGUGUAUACAUGUACAAUGCUACCAGCUAUUCUGACAUUGGAGUUUGAUGGACCAAUGUAACAGCAGAAAAACUGUGCUGUGGGCCUUGACUGCCGGCAUACCCCUUUAGCAAAGUCCUCACCUUAGAUGCCAAAUUACUUUACCAUGUAGAAUAUGUGCCUUGCCAGUGACAACAUUGUGUCAGUUCUUAAUUUCUGUGAUUUGUUAUGUACUCGUAAAAUUUGCAAAGUCUUAAUUACAAAGUAAUGUACUUGGACCCAUAACUUGCAUCAGUGAACUGCAAAGCAUCUCGCUGUUUUCUUUUUGUGUAGUAAUAAUCAGCAAUAAUGCAGAACAUCUUUCAAUAUGGAAAUUGGUUUAGAACACACUCUGUUGUUAUCAUGACUUAGCCCUCGUGUAAAUUGCAGCUCAUUCUUACAAUUGUGUCAAAAUAAACUUCUUGGACAUUUUCCUUUUUUAAAUUUUGGUUUUCAACUUAUAUUCUUGACCAAGAUCGAGGACAGAUCCAGAACCAAAUUUUCGGUGGGUGGGGAAGGGUUAAAGAGGUCAAACUUGUUGGUGGGGAUGGGGGUGAAAAAAGUUGGAACUUUUGUCAUAGAACCUAGUGUGGCCUUUUUGAAAGGCUUUUGAGGGGUUUUUUGUACAAGAUAUUGAAGCAAGAGAAUUGAAAUAGACCAAAAAUUUGCCUUUCAGUAUUUCUCAAGAAAAGUUUUGGCUCCUUGUGGGCAUGGCCCCUGUUGCAAUGCCCCCCCUGCCCUGAUCCACCUUGAUCAUAAUACCUUUUUUGUUUUGCUUAUAUUCUUUAUAAGGGCAUUUUGUUUUGUUUAUUCAUUGUUUUUUGUUGGAUUUAUUUAAGAUAGUGGACAUUAUUUCCGGACAAAAAUGGUUGAAAUUUUAGUGUAACUGAAAGGUGUAAAAAGUUUGCAAUAAUGAACAUUAAAAAAUAGUUUCUCUUA